GUCUAUGCCGUAACACAGUGUCAUCCUCUCGCGUAUCUUCAAUACGAAAAACUAGCGUCUGUUUUGAUUACUGCUUAAAUUAAUUAUAAUGAACGAGGGAGAAUAUCCAGACACUGAAUUGUGGUGUCGCUUGUGCCUCAAGGAGCAUAAUGAUGCCUACGCAAUUUUUGGAAAAGACGAAUCUCUCUCGCUGCCAAUGCGUCUUAUUUCAUGCCUCUCACUGGAAGCCAAGCCAAACGAUGGGUUGCCAAAGAAGAUUUGUGACGAAUGUCGUUACCAACUGGAGAAAUCGUUCGUAUUUCGUCAUCGCAGCCAGGAAGCAGAUAAAAGGCUGCGCAAGCACAAUCGUCUCAUUAGUUUGGGUAAGAAGAGCCGAGUCUUUGCUAAGUCAGUGGAUAACGACUCAGAUGUCGAAGAGCUUGAAUUGGAAGAAUCUGUGGGAUUUAUAAAUACGCUGGAAAAGCAGCGUGAACUCAUGGAAGAAAAAGGGCGCAAAUUAUUACUAGAGGAAAAAGAGGCUGAGUUGGUACAGCGCUUAAGUAUCAUGAGGGAAAAAUUACAAAUAGAAGUGCGCAAGGAGCUAAGAGAGGAAGUGAAAACUGAAGUGCGCAAGGAGCUAAGAGAGGAAGUUAAAAAUGAAGUGCGGAAAGAGUUGCACGAUGAGGUGCAAGAAGAAAGUCGCAAGGUACAGCUUAAAAGCUUGUUGGGAGAAUUGGAAGUGUUUCUGGCGCAAAAGAAAGCUGGUCAGUGGCAAUCUAUAACAGAAAUUCUUGGCGAAACCAGUAUAAACAUUGAAACAGAAGCUCCCAAGUCAUUGGAGCGGUCUUCACCCAAAGAAAACCUAAAACGUAAACGUAGCAAGGACCCGCCUCUUCCUGCAAUUACCAAACGACGAGAAUCAACAAUGCAAGCUCAAGUCGUGGAAGAGGAACUACAGACUGAAGUCAAGUCUGAGCAGCAAACCAAAAAUAGUGCAAAAUUACCUACAAGUACAGAAAAUGAAGUGAUGAGUGAAGUGAGCGAUGAAAUAUACUUUGUCAAUGCUGAGUCUGCAACAAGUCCCUCAGAAUUCCAGUUAGAUGAUAAUACGACAUCGUACAAUAUCAAGGAUAAUGGAGACAUACAGUUUGCCAAAGGAAAGUCAGCUGAAAUAGAGGAUUUUCUUGUAUUCGAUCUUGACGCAGAUAUUAGAGAAGACGCACAGCUUGAUGCAGAAAAUGAGAACGUAAUCAUCUUGUCCAGCAAUAUGGAAAGCGCCGAGCUUAUCACAACUAAAGAUUCAAAAAGCGAGUUUGUGGUAAAGCGAGCGCCGCGCCGAGCUGAGCCAAGCGUUGGACGUGCCAGCGAUACAGUAAAAACAUUCAAGUGCCAGCUCUGUCCAGUUGCCUUUUCCACAAACAAAGCGCUCUCGCGUCAUCUUAGCACCCACAUUAAAACAAUCAAAAACGGCACAGGCGGUUCGAUGCAGUGUCCGCUUUGCCAAUUACAGCUUUCCUGCGCCAGCUCUUUGAAGCGUCACAUGGUCAUUCAUACGGGUAUAAAGCCAUACAAGUGCACGGAAUGCGACUAUUCUUUUUCACAACGCGAGGUGUUGAAGCGUCACAUGGACACACAUACUGGUGAGAAGCGUCAUCAGUGCCCUCAAUGCCAACAUUUGUUUGCUCAAAAAACGAAUUUAUUACAACAUAUAAGCCGUGUGCAUCGCGAGGAUAAAGAUGUAAACGAUAAAAGAAUUUGCCAUCUUUGCGGAAAAAGUUUCCACAACCCUUCGGGUCUCAGUCGCCAUCUUGCCACACACAAUGGCGUCUCUUAUGGCUGCAAUCAAUGUGGUCGUCAGUUUAUCGAUCGCAGCGCUGUGCAACGUCAUGUGAAAAAUGUGCACAAUGCUACAGGGGAUAGUACUCCGGAGAGUAAUGAUAAAUAGAAUAGGUUUCAACAUUAUAAAUUUUAUUCGAAACGUUUAGAGUGCCUCACUUGGCACUUAUGUUGAAGCUUGACAAAAUAAUUUUAGCACACAAGAAACUGAUGGCUUAACAAUUACGAGUUUAAACAUUUGUUAACGACAUAUGGGUUGCAAUACAAUAAUAAUAAUCAUUACAAUAUUUAAUAAGAUAUCUAGAUGUUUAUAAAUACAAUCAUAAUAUACUAUUUUAUUACAUGUAUAGACUCUCACAAACAUACAUGGAACAUAUAUAACUUUCAAUGCGUUUAUCGUAUAGAACUAUAGACCUUAGCUUAGGUAUCAAUUAAUAACAAAACAUGACAAAAAAAUAAUUAUA